AUGAUUAACACGACGGUCGCUUCCUGGCCUUUCCUCCUAAUGUCUGCCAGCCCCGCCGGUCUCAACCCGGACGCGACCGAAAACCAGCGAACAAUGGCGCUCCCAGGAGGAGACCAAAACGAGGGAAGACAUAGCUCAGAAAGCUCAGGAAAGAACAGCGGCCUUUCACAAGAGACCGUCCGGGACGGUCGCAGCUAUCGAUACCAGAAUCACCUCGCGCCUGGUCGAAGUAUCUCCCCGCAUUCAAAAGAUGACGAAAGUGACCGACUUGAAUCACAGCCUGCACGAUCAGGUAGGCCUCCUUCGUUAGGAGGCCCGGGCGAGUUGUAUACGUCCAUGUUCGCCUGGGGGUCACCCGACGUAUCCCCGACGGAUCAGCGCAAGUUUGCAGGCUUUGGAAGUCACAGGAAAGCGUUGGCCGUCCUUGGAAACGACGAAAAUGGGACCCCGCCGAUUGGAAAUCCUAGUCCGCACCACAUAAACACGAAUUAUGCCGAUUACUUUCAACACGACCCGAACGCUACCCUCGCCUACUCUCCUCGAGUGGGAUCUGCCGACGCGCAAGGCACCUUCUACCAUGACUACUCGGAACACGAGCCGUCGCCAGCUACAGCUACGUUUCGUCCUGGGACUGGACGAACCUACGCCAGCGAACCUCCAGAUUUUGAUUAUGAUGGUGACAAUCGGAGGCCGUCUGUUGCAAGUGCCAUGACUAAUGGCGCACCAAGACCAUCGUCCAUUGAUUAUCUGAGAGCUCGUGAAAGGGCCAACUCGGACGCUUCAAGGCACACGUCUGAGGCAUCCCAAGACGAGACUGCCCAGCAAGCCCGACCCCGGACGCCCCUUCCUUCGAGUGACAUAACUCCCUGGGUGUACCAGAACUAUGAUGAUGUCCAGCGACGCGGCGAUGCUCCUGUUCGGGAAGCUCCUACGGGACCCGAUCGGCAUCGGUUUGGCUCUCACGGUUCAUCCAACACACCGAGAGAUCGGUCUCGUAGACGGUUCAGCGGGCAUCGUCAUUCCCGGAGCAAGGAAGAGAAACCCACGGCCGCUGGAGACCUCGCCGGAUACCCAGAUAGGCCCACAACAGGACGGGAUGAUUUCUCCGUUGGACUACGUCCCCAUAGAGAAGGAAGCUUGGGAUUUCGAACUGCCACAAAUUCGACCACAAACCUUGCUGGGCGCUCCACGAGUCCUAGCCCAAGCCUUCAGAGUGUCUAUAGAGAGCCAGGCCAAGGAUCACCUGGGGCCCCGCCCUCUAAUAAGCGAUACAUCUUCGGCAAAAUACGCCGCCCUCACCUAAGAAAUUUGGGUUCCAAAGGCCCUCAAGAUGCUGGCAGAACAAUCUCCAAGCUUUCACGGCGUGACGCUUCUCCGGCACGACGAGGACGACAAAAUAGUCUAGAGGGCUCGGGGUCUUCAAAGAAUGCAGACUCUGGCGAAUUUGACCGGAGAAAAGACGGCAAGGGCUUGGGAAUUGGAGGUGGGAAGUUCCGAGCUCGUCGCACCGCCGGGAACGAGACGCCUGGGAGGGAUGUCAAACCUCCCGAAGAACUUGGUGUUUAUAAAUUGGACACAGAUCUCGAGCACAUGGAAGGUAUCGUCCAUCCUACAUCUCCGGGCGAUGGGCACCAACCCACCGAGAAGAAUCUGAAGCGCCCUGAGGAAGAAAACAAAGUAUUUGAGCAAUCAGCCGCUCGCGACUGGGCUGCCCCGGAGAGUUGGCGUGUUGAAAAGCAAAGAGACGAGGCUAUGUCCAAACUUCCACAGAAUGCCUACAAUAGGGCACACACCAUAUCCGAGCCUGACGGGACUUCCUAUUUCAUACGCGUGUUCCGCAUCGAUGGAACCUUUGCCACGCUCUCGACUGGGUUACAUGCGACAGUUGCCGAUGUGCUUUUGUCCCUUGGCAAAAAGUCGUUUUUGACAGAUCAUUUGAACAACUACGAGAUAGUUAUGCGCAAAAACGACCUCUCUCGGCAGCUCGACCGAAAUGAACAACCGGUUUUCAUGCAAAAACGAUUGCUCGAACAGAUUGGGUACACCCAGAAAGACAGGAUCGAAGACCUUGGUCGUGAGGACCAUAGCUAUAUCCUGCGAUUCACUUUCUUGCCCACGAAACUCAGUGACUAUAGCAGUCUUGAAGGGGAGCCUGGCUUCAGCAGGAACCAGAGACUUAGUGAAGUGAAUCUCGCUGGGCGGAGUCUCGUCACCAUACCUAUCGCUCUUUACAAAAAGGCCUCCGAGAUCAUCAAGCUUAAUCUGUCACGAAAUCUGGCUCUGGAUGUGCCGAAGGAUUUCAUUCAAGGCUGUAUCAAUCUGCGGGAGAUUAGGUUCAUAGGGAGCGAGGCCUCGCGUCUACCCCAAAGUUUCAGCCUUGCAAGCCGACUAACCUAUCUGGACGUAUCCAAUAACUUCCUUGAAGAGCUUGAGCAUGCUCAUCUUGAUAGGCUGCAGUACCUUGGCACUAUCAAACUGGCCAACAACAGGUUGACAAAGCUACCAGACUAUUUUGGGAAUUUCCAAGAUCUGAGAAGCCUGGAUAUCUCUUCAAACAACUUCCAGGUGUUUCCUGAAUUCCUGUGCAACCUUAAGCGCCUCGUGGAGCUUGACAUCAGCUUCAACAAUAUAACCGAACUUCCCAACAUUGGUAAAAUUACCACUCUCGAGCGAAUUUGGAUGACGAACAAUGGCUUCAGGGGCCCAUUUGAUGACACAAUCAAGGGACUUGAGAACCUGAAGGAGAUUGAUGCACGCUUUAAUGAGAUUACGAACAUUGACAAUCUGUGUAUCCUUCCACGUCUGGAGCAGCUCAUGAUUGGGCACAACUCGAUUUCCAAAUUCAAAGGCUCCUUUCCCAGAUUGCGCAGUUUUGUCUUGGAUCAUUGCCCUGUGACGCAGUUCGACAUCGAUGCACCUAUGCCGACACUUACAUUUCUCAACCUGGCCUCUGCAAAAUUGUCGCAGCUCCGAGACUCCAUGUUUGAGGCUAUUCCCAAUCUCUUAAAACUCGUUGUGGAUAAAAAUCACUUCAUGUCUAUGUCACCCCAUAUUGGCAAACUUCGAAAGCUCGAAGUUUUGAGUAUGGCAAAGAACCCUCUCUCAACGCUCCCUGCCGCUAUUGGCUGUUUGACCGAGCUCAGGUACUUGAACAUGAGGGAGUGUAAUUUGCGGCGACUGCCGCCAGAGAUUUGGUACUGCUUGAAAUUAGAGACUCUCAACGUCUCAUCAAACGUUCUGGAUGGCUUUCCGAAGCACGGUGGUCCCCCGCCUCAGCUUCCUGGUGAAGCUAUCAAUACCCCUGCCGCCACCCCGGGUGGCUCAGCCACCCCAAGCUAUGACGAUCUAGGUCCCUUGGAAGAGCAGGAGACGCGACGCCCUAGCCAGGCAUCUAGCACUAUCCUGAACAACAGUAGUUCGCCCAACGGCGGGAACCCCCGGAAACCUUCAGUUGCUUCCUCCUCCUACAGCCAAGGAGGGCGAAAGGUCUCCACCGCCUCGAAAUUUACUGAAGGGAGUCCUUCAUCGAGGAAGGAUUCGAAUUUCUCUCAACAUGUCGCCACCACUUUUGGUGGUUCGCUCAAAAAUUUGUACUUGGCUGACAAUCGGUUGGAGGAUGACAUCUUCCGCGAGUUAUCAUUUAUCCCGGAACUGAGAGUGGUGAAUCUCUCGUACAAUAUGCUGACAGAAUUACCUCCUGGUCUUCUGAAACGUUGGCCCCUGCUGACCGAACUAUACCUCUCCGGCAACGAGUUGACUUCUCUUCCUUCCGACGAUCUUGAGGAAAACAGCAGUCUUAGGAUUCUCAAUCUCAAUGCCAACCGAUUCCAGGUUCUCCCGGCAGAACUGUGCAAAGUGAGCAGGCUUGCGAUCCUGGACGUUGGAAGCAAUUCCCUCAAGUAUAACGUUUCAAACUGGCCAUACGACUGGAACUGGAACUGGAAUCGAAACUUGCGAUACCUCAACUUCUCGGGAAAUAAGCGACUAGAGAUCAAGCCGAAUAUCUCGUCUCUUGGUUCUCAGCCUCCUCAUGGAACAGACCUGACGGACUUCAAUUCGCUCACACACCUACGAGUUCUUGGACUGAUGGAUGUUACCCUUACAACAUCAAACAUUCCUGAAGAGAACGAAGAUCGCCGUGUCAGAACGUCAGCCUCCUUGGCCGGCGCGCUUUCCUACGGUAUGGCCGACUUCCUGGGCAGGAGCGAGCAUCUGUCGAUCAUCGAUAUGAUCGUGCCUCGGUUAAAGCCAGAUCACAUUGAAACCGUUGUGGGUAUGUUCGACGGGCAACCUAGUUCUACUGGAGGCUCCAGGAUUGCAAAGUUCUUACACGAAAACUUCCUUCACGCGUUCUCUUCUGAGCUGAAGCGAAUCCGGCUAGAUGAGCAGGAGACACCGUUGGAUGCAUUUAGACGAACGUUCCUGGGUCUAAACCGAAAUAUGGCCUUUGCAUGCUACAGGUCGAUGGAUAAAGAAGUUAGGCAGUAUCAGGAUGAUUCGCCGGACCAGAAGAAAGUUCGACUUCACCAAGAAGACCUGAGAUCUGGUGGCGUUGCGACUGUCCUAUAUUUGAACAAUAUGGAUCUUUAUGUAGCCAACAUCGGCGACAUUCAAGCUAUUCUUGUCAAGGUGGAUGGUACCUACAUCCAAUUGACGAAGACCCAUGACCCAGCAGAGGCCGGCGAAAGGGCGAGAAUCCGUGCUGUGGGAGCAUUUGUGUCUCGCAACGGAAGACUCAAUGACUUCCUCCCAGUGUCCCGGUCUUUUGGCUAUUUCCAUCUUAUGCCCGCUGUGAUCGCGGCACCUCACACAAUGCAUGUGAACCUGACUGAACAAGAUGAGAUGGUCGUUCUAGCCUCAAAAGAACUCUGGGACUACGUCACUCCUGAUCUCGUCGUCGACGUAACGAGAGCUGAGAGGGGAGACCCGAUGGUUGCCGCCCAGAAGAUACGGGAUUUGGCCCUCUCGUUUGGAGCCACCAACAAGCUUAUGGUUAUGAUUUUGGGCGUCGGAGACCUAAAGAAACGCGAGAAGCGCACGACGAGAGGCCCACCUCUUACGCCGUUCCCAACCGAUGAACAGAUCUUGCCGCCACCUAAACGUCCCAGACGAGGUCGUGAAUUGCCUUCGGAUUCCAGGUUGGCUCGUUUUGAUACUGUGGAAGCACCGGUUGGCGAGUUGGCAAUCAUCUUCACGGAUAUAAAGCAAUCCACAGGGCUAUGGGAGACCUGCCCGGAGGCAAUGCGUUCGGCUAUUCAGAUUCACAAUGACAUCCUCCGCCGACAACUAGGCAUAAUUGGUGGUUAUGAAGUCAAGACUGAAGGUGAUGCUUUCAUGGUCGCGUUUGCAACGACCACCGCCGCUUUGCUAUGGUGCUUCAACUGUCAAACCCAACUUCUCUUUGCCGAAUGGCCGACUGAAAUCCUCGAACAACCUCAGUGCCGGACUCAGUAUGACAUGGAGAAUAAUAUCAUCUUCCGUGGUUUGUCUGUGCGCAUGGGUAUUCAUUGGGGCGAGCCUGUCUGCGAGAAGGAUCCUAUUACCAACCGCAUGGAUUACUUCGGACCAAUGGUCAACCGUGCCUCACGAAUCUCGGCUGUAGCUGAUGGUGGUCAAAUCUUUGUUUCCUCUGAUUUCAUGAGCGAUAUGCAACGCAAUCUGGAAGCUUUUGCUGACAGCGAGCGUGCUGCCUCGACCGGCUCGGAAGAAAGCUAUGCACUCGACACCUUGGGCUACAACAUCCGGCGGGAACUGCAGCAGCUCAAUAGCCAGGGCUUUGUGAUCAAAGACCAGGGUGAGCGUAAGCUUAAGGGUCUUGAGAACCCCGAGCCACUAUACCUGAUCUUACCCCAUUCUCUGUCCGGACGGUUGACAGCCAUGGAGCAAAUGCCAUCAGGAGAGGAUAAUACACCAAGUACCAUCAGCAAGCAUUCUCAGCUUGAGAUUCAGACAGACCUUAUCUGGAGAUUAUGGGAGGUCACACUCCGAUUGGAAAGGCUAUGUGGAGCGUUGGAGCACCCAGGUGAUGCUUGCUUGAAAGAGCCAAACCAGGCCCUCGUCAAUACCAUUAAGAAGCAUGGAGGGGAGCUUGCUGAUGGAACAGUCGUCAGUCUGGUUGAGCAGCAAGUGACUCGAAUCGAGGUUGCAAUCAGUACACUCAGCAUACGACACAUGUUGCGCCCUUUCAGAGCUGGCGAUCAGCUUAACGACCACGCCGUUCCAAUUGGCGAGGUCCUGCAACAACUCCAAACCCAGCUUGCCGAGUACAGGGCCCUCAAGGAGAAGAUUAACAGUCAUGCGGGCAUUUCUGGCAUAUCUCCCAGCUCCACGGCGACAGACGUAGGACAAACUACUCCCGAGUUCACCUCCAGCGCAUCUACUUCUUCUUCUCCAUCUUGA